AUGGCACGCGCUUCGGCCAGACAGGAACCCGCCGACUGGGAGAUGGACAGGUCCAGAGACCAGAGCCAAACUUUCAUCCACACGAAGAAACGAGGGUGUGACGUCAUCCGCAACCCUCACCUGAACAAGGGCAUGGCCUUCUCCCUGGAGGAGCGGCUGCAGUUGGGCAUUCAUGGCCUUCUGCCUCCGGCCUUCCUCAGCCAGGAUGUCCAGCUGCUACAGGUCCUCCGCAACUAUGAGCUGAAGAAGGAUGAGCUGGACAGAUAUGUCUUCCUGAUGGGUCUUCAGGACCGUAAUGAGAAGCUGUUUUAUCGUGUGUUGACGUCAGACAUAGAGCGCUUCAUGCCCAUCGUAUACACACCCACUGUGGGUCUGGCCUGCCAGCAGUACGGCCUCACCUUCAGGAGACCCAGGGGUCUUUUCAUCACCAUCCAUGACCGCUCUCAUAUCCCCACUCUUCUGCAGAGCUGGCCAGAGAAUGACAUCCGGGUAGUGGUGGUGACGGACGGCGAGAGGAUUCUGGGAUUGGGUGAUCUGGGCUGUUAUGGGAUGGGCAUCCCUGUCGGUAAACUGGCACUGUACACAGCCUGCGGGGGGGUGCCCCCCCAACACUGCCUGCCAGUCAUUCUGGAUGUGGGCACGGACAACCAGGAGCUCCUGAAGGAUCCUCUGUAUAUCGGGCUGCGGCACAGGCGGGUCCGAGGCCCUGCCUACGAUGAGCUGCUGGAGGCAUUUAUGAAGGCUGUGACAGACAGGUAUGGCCAGAACUGCCUGAUCCAGUUUGAGGAUUUCGCCAACAUCAACGCUUUCCGCCUUCUGAACAAAUACCGCAAUAAAUAUCUCACCUUCAACGAUGACAUUCAAGGUACGGCGGCGGUGGCUGUGGCCGGCCUGCUGGCCGCCCUUCGCAUCACCAAGAACAAGAUGUCGGAUCACACCGUCGUGUUCCAGGGUGCAGGGGAGGCUGCUAUGGGUAUAGCUGAGCUGAUCGUCAUGGCGAUGGAGCAGGAGGGCGUCCCGCAUGCCGAGUGUAUGAGGAAGAUCUGGAUGGUCGACUCUAAAGGACUGAUCGUCAAGGGCCGUGAUCACCUGACCGCCGAGAAGGAGCGGUUUGCCCACGAGCACACUCAGAUGAAGAGGCUGGAGGAUGUGGUUCGUGAGCUGAAGCCCACUGCCAUCAUUGGGGUGGCAGCCAUUGCAGGUGCCUUCACGGAGCAGAUCAUCAGAGACAUGGUCAGCUUCAACCCACGGCCAAUUAUCUUUGCCCUGAGCAACCCGACCAGCAAGGCUGAGUGCACCGCCGAGCAGUGCUACACACUGACUGAGGGGAAGGGGAUAUUUGCCAGCGGUAGUCCGUUUGAUCCCGUGACCCUGGCUGAUGGACGGACAUUUUACCCUGGUCAGGGCAAUAAUGCCUACGUCUUCCCCGGAGUGGGACUGGGCGUCACAGCCUGCGCCAUGAGGAACAUCACUGAGGACAUUUUCCUCACUACUGCAAAGACGAUUGCUGACCUGGUGACGGACAAAGACUUGGCUGAGGGCAGGGUGUAUCCUCCUCUCACCAGCAUUCGGCAUGUGUCCUUUAAAAUUGCCGUGAAGAUCGUGGAGUACGCAUAUGAGCACAAGUUGGCGACACUGUACCCGGAACCUGAGGAUAAAGAGGCGUUUGUUCGCUCGCUCAUCUUCAGCACCGAUUACGACAACCUCACUGCGGAUUCGUACAGCUGGCCAGACGAGGCCAUGUCUGUCCAGAACUGCAAACUGUGACCACAUCGCCUGAUUACGCACGAAGAUUUAAAGAUGAUAUAUAAUAAGAUGAGUAUGUUGAUUUGAGCUCAGGAGAGUUUUUACGUUGGAUGUAUUUAAUAGCUGUGAACCAAAGAGGUGCGAGUGAGCGCUGAAUAAAGGAAAUUUUAAGUAAUGA